UGCCACUUGUGUCUGCGUACUAUGGUUUUAAAGGAAGGAGGGUUACCCUUGUGGUUUCUGCUGUGUGCCUCCAUCGUCUUCAGUGACAGCAUCGCAGAGAUCUGUGGGAACCUGGACAUUCGACAUGACAUCUCACAGCUCCACAAGCUCGAGAACUGCACUGUCAUCGAGGGCGACCUGCAGAUCCUGCUCCUCUUCAACACAAAGGUGGAGGACUUCCAGGGCCUGAGCUUCCCCAAGCUGACCAUGAUCACCGAGUACCUCCUGAUCUUCCGGGUCUACGGCCUAGAGAGCCUCAGGGACCUCUUCCCCAACCUGAUGGUCAUCAAGGGGGUGAGCCUGUUCUUCAACUACGCCAUGGUCAUCUUCGAGAUGCCCCACCUGCGGGAGGUGGGCUUGCACCGCCUCACCAACAUCAUGAGGGGGGACGUCAGGAUUGAGAAGAACCAGGAGCUGUGCCACCUCUCCACCAUCGACUGGUCCCUCCUGCUCAACUCCGAUGAGAACAUCUACAUCUUCGGGAACAAGCAGGUGGAGGAGUGCGGAGACGUGUGUCCGGGCACGAUGGACAACGGCAAUCCCUGUGCCCAGACCAGCUUCAACGGUCAGCGCGACUACCGGUGUUGGACCUCAACGCACUGCCAGAAAGUCUGUCCGCGCAAGUGCCGGGAUCGGAGCUGUACCAGCAGCGGCGAGUGCUGCCACAAGGAGUGCCUGGGGGGUUGCCAUCGGCCCAGCGACAACCGGAUGUGCCUGGUGUGCCGGAACUACCAGUACAACGACACCUGCCUACCCACCUGCCCGGCCAGCACCUACAAAUACGAGGGCUGGCGCUGCGUCACCGAGGAGUACUGCGCCAGUCUGCACAAAACCUCCGACAACUCCAAGGACUGGCUGCCCUACGUGGUCUUCCAGGGGGAGUGCAUGCCGGAAUGUCCUUCUGGAUACUCGCGGGAUGGCUCCCCCAGCAUCGUCUGCAGGAAGUGUAAAGGUCACUGCCCGAAGGUUUGCCACGUGGGCACCAAGACGGUGGACUCGCUGGCCACUGCCCAGCACCUGGCCGAAUGCACCGUCAUCGAGGGCAACCUCAUCGUCAACAUCCGAGGGGGCAAUAACCUCGCAGUGAAGUUGGAGAUCUAUCUGGGGCUGAUUGAAACCAUCACUGGCUUCCUGAAGAUCAAACAUUCCUUUGCUCUUGUAUCUCUGAGCUUCUUCGCCAAUCUAAAGCUCAUUCAAGGGGAUUCCAUGGUCGAUGGGAAUUACACUCUGUAUGUGUUGGACAAUCAGAAUCUGCAGCAGCUCUGGAAUUGGAACCACCACAAGCUCAGCAUUCCGGCCGGACGCAUGUAUUUCGCUUUCAACCCCAAACUCUGCCUCUCGGAGAUUUACAAGAUGGAGGAGAUCACAGGGACCAAGGGGCGACAGAACAAGGCAGAGAUUAACCCUCGCACCAACGGAGACCGUGUGUCCUGUAAAAGCUAUGUGCUGCGGUUUGUCUCCAACACCACCUACACUGACCGGAUCCUGCUGAAAUGGGAGCGAUAUGAGCCUCAGGAUUAUCGGGACCUGCUCAGCUUCAUUGUCUAUUACAAGGAUGCACCCUUCCAGAACGUAACCGAGGACAUUGGACAGGACGCCUGCGUGUCGAACAGCUGGACUAUGGUGGACGUGGAUCACCCCCUCAACAAGGACCACUACCCUGAGGUGAUGCUGUACAAUCUGAAGCCCUGGACCCAGUACGCCAUCUUCAUCCGAGCCAUCACACUGACCGUCUCUGAGGCGAGUCACAGCCAUGGGGCCAAGAGCGAGCUGGUGUACAUCCGCACAAGAGCUGCUGCUCCCACCGUUCCUCAGGAUGUGGUGUCCAUGUCGAACUCUUCCUCGCAGCUCAUCCUGAAGUGGAAGCCCCCGAUCCAACACAAUGGCAACAUCACCUACUACCUGGUGGUCUGGCAACAGCAGCCAGAGGAUGGAGAGCUUUACAUCAAUGACUACUGUCACAAAGGGAUGAAGCUGCCGACUAGUGUUGUAGCCAACCAUCCAGAUGACUACGACAGCAAUAGUUCUAACGAUACCAAACCAGAGAGUGGGAACCGCUGCUGCCAAUGUCCCAAAACACAGGCUCAGCUCGAACUCGAGGCUGAGGAAACCUCCUUCCGCAAGAAAUUUGAGAACUUCCUACAUAACUCCAUCUUCAUGCCGAGGAAAGCAAAGACUGUGAAAGGCAGGAAGCCCAGGUCGUCACGGCAACGCAGGGGCACCGAGGGCCUGGGCAACGAGACCACCCCGGUGGCGAGCGCCUCGCUGCCGGAGCUCGGCCUUAACCUGACGGGCGGAAACCGGUCGGCGUCCGAGGGGAAGCAGCACGUGGACUACCCCUACUUUGAGGACAAGGUGUUCAGCAAGGAGAGCAUCGUCAUCUCCAACCUCCGCCACUUCACCGAGUACCGCAUCAACAUACAUGUCUGCAACCAUGCCGCGCAGAAGGUUGGCUGCAGCGCUGCUACCUUUGCCUUCGCUCGCACCAUGCCAGAGGCACACGCUGACCAUAUCAUUGGGAAUGUCACGUGGGAGCUGGUAAACCACAACACUAUCCUGCUGAAAUGGCCGGAACCCGCCAAUCCCAACGGACUCGUCCUGAAAUACGAGAUCAAGUAUGGUCGAGACAACGAGGAAUUCCACGAGUGUGUCCCAAGACACAUUUACCAAAAAUAUGGAGGAGCCAUGAUCAGCCGUUUACAGCCAGGAAAUCAUACAGCCACUGUCCACACCACCUCACUGGCUGGGAACGGAUCCUGGACUGAGCCCAUCUCCUUCUACAUCCCAGACAUCCCACCUGAGAAAAAGUAUGAAGAUUUCCUGCUGGUACUCACCAUGAUGCCUGUUGUGGUGCUGUUAGCUAUCCUGCUGCUCGGGGUCUUUGUCUAUGUCUAUAAUAAGAAAAGAAUCAACGGUUUCCUGAAUGGCACACUGUACAUGUCGGUGAACCCAGAAUACUUCAAUGCUGCCGACAUGUAUGUCGCAGACGAGUGGGAGGUGCCCAGAGAAACCAUCACCAUCAUCAAGGAGCUGGGCCAGGGUUCUUUCGGGAUGGUGUACGAAGGCAAGGCCAAGCUGGUGGUGAAGGGCGAGGCACAGACCCGGGUGGCGUUGAAGACGGUGAACGAGUCGGCGAGUCGGCGCGAGCGCAUUGAGUUCCUGAAGGAGGCGUCGGUGAUGAAAGCCUUCGACUGCUACCAUGUGGUGCGGUUGCUAGGGGUGGUCUCCAAGGGACAGCCCACUCUGGUCAUCAUGGAGCUCAUGGCUCGAGGAGAUCUCAAGAGCCACCUUCGCUCACUGCGCCUGGGCACUGAGAGUAACCAGGACGUCUCUCCGCCCACCCUGAAGGACAUGAUGCAGAUGGCAGGCGAAAUCGCUGAUGGCAUGGCCUACCUCAAUGCCAAAAAGUUCGUACACCGGGACUUGGCGGCGCGCAACUGCAUGGUCUCCGAGGAUCUCACCGUCAAAAUAGGAGAUUUUGGAAUGACUAGAGAUAUAUAUGAGACGGAUUAUUAUCGGAAAGGAGGUAAGGGGCUACUCCCAGUCCGCUGGAUGUCUCCAGAGUCUCUGAAAGAUGGGAUCUUCAGUCCACACACUGAUGUUUGGUAA